AUGGCAUCUCUGCUCACCACUAGCUCCAGGCUAUUUGCAAAACGGGCUCAUCCAACAUCAAGCACCGUCCACCAGCUUCUCAAGGGCCCCCAGCGCCGGCGCGAGAUAUUCACAACACCUCGCCCAACACACCCAAUCUUUGCAAAGCUUCCAACAAGGUUCACAUUGACGCUGAGGACUGCAUAUAACUAUGGGACAUACGCGGCCGCACCGGUGGUGCGCACAUUUGACCGGUAUGGGCAGGCGCAGAGGAAGAGGCCAUAUGUGACGCAGCUCCUGACGUCCAUUGCCAUCUAUGCAUUGGGGGACCUGAAUGCACAGUUCCUAUUUGGAGAGGAGGGCGUGGCCUACGACCCAGUGAGGACCGGGAGGAAUAUUGCCAUUGGUGGAGUCUUCUCGAUUCCAAGUUAUCUUUGGUUCAAAUAUCUCGGCGAGUCCUUCAACUUCCGCAGCAAGCUGCUGUCAAUCUCGACCCGGGUGCUGGUGAACCAGAUCUUCUUCACCCCCGUCUUCCUUGCCGCCUUCUUCACGCUGCAGAGCGUCUUUUCAUCCGUCGGCACAGUGAGCACACGGGAGAUGGUCGACACACUCAAGAAGACCAUUCCCACAGCCUAUAUCAACUCCUGCAAGCUGUGGCCCGCCGUGACGGCCGUCAACUUCUGGUUCGUCCCGCUCGAGUUCCGCGCCCUGUUUGGUGGUGCAAUUGCCGUGGGCUGGAAUGGAUACCUCAGCUUUUUGAGUCAGCGGGCGAACCGCGAGGAUGCAUUUGCGGCGAUGGAGUUUGAGACGCCGGCUGAGAUUGCGGAGGUUGUUGCGGCGGCUCCUGCCGUUGCAGCGCCUGCGAGGAAGAUCAUGUUGGCGGUAGAAGCCGGCGUGACGAUGGCUGUAUAG